AGCUACAGAACAGUGUGUUGAACAUGAUGUGAAGUAGUUUCUCUUACUAUCAAACUUGGACAAGAUGUCUACCAAGGGCGAGUAUGACUGUGUGGUGAUCGGGUCCGGCGUUCAGGGCUCGUUCGCGGCUUAUGAGCUGGCCAAGAAGAACCAGAAGACUCUUUUACUUGAGCAGUUUAUCCUGCCCCACACACGAGGGAGCUCCCAUGGCCAAACCCGCAUCAUACGCAGUGCUUACGAGCAGGACUUCUACACCCACAUGAUGGAGGAGUGCUACGAGUUGUGGGCUCAGCUGGAGAAGAAGUCAGGCGUCAAACUGUUCAGACAAACAGGACUCCUGGUGAUGGGGCCUGAGAACAGCCAGACUUACCAGAUGAUGAAGAGCACCCUGCAGAGGAACAAGGUUCCUAUAGUAACCCUGACCCGUGAGAACUUCAGCCAGCACAUCCCCAAUGUCACCCUGACUGAGGGAGAUGAAGCUUUGGUGGACACUACUGCUGGAGUUCUCUAUGCAGACCGUGUACUCAAGACUGUACAGGAGGAGUUUAAGAAGUUGGGUGGAAUCAUAAGAGACAACGAGAAGGUGACAGACAUCAAGCCUGGUCCUGUUGUGACAGUGUCAACCGCUGCUGGGGUUUAUCGAGCCAAGAGUGUAGUCAUCACCGCUGGACCAUGGGCUAACAGCCUGCUGGCCCACACCGGCUUACAGCUGCCACUCGAGGUGAUGAAGAUCAACGUGUGCUACUGGAAAGAGAAGGUUCCUGGAUCAUAUGACGUGAAUCGGCGCUUCCCCAGCUUCAUUACGACUGAGAGCGAGGAGACAGACGAGCACAUUUAUGGCCUCCCCUCCAAUGAGUACCCGGGCCUGAUGAAGAUAUGCCACCAUAUAGGCAGUAUGACAGACCCAGACCAGAGAGACAAGCAGACAGACAGGUCUGAUAUUGACAUCCUUCAGCGCUACAUCGCCCGUUGUUUCCCUGGCCUGCACCCUGAACCUGCGGUGGUGGAGAGCUGCAUGUAUACACUGACUCCUGACCGUCACUUUGUGCUGGACUGCCACCCUACUUACAACAAAAUUGUGAUUGGAGCAGGAUUCUCAGGUCACGGCUUCAAGUUUGGACCAAUCAUCGGCAAGCUCCUGGGUGAACUCAGCCUGGGACAAGUGCCCUCCCAUGACCUUUCACCUUUCCGCAUCAAACGCUUCCAGGGAAAGAUGAAAUCAGCUUUGUAGAUUUGAGCCGGUGCUCGAGUAUCAGCGUAUCAUCAAGCUGUCUUCAAAUUCAUGUAGCCAGUGCAUGAUCUGAGGAUGUAAGGUCUUUUAAUUAACUGCACAGUGGCUAUAACAAACGUGAUCUCCAAUCAUAAGCUGUUUUCAGACACAACUCUUUAGAAAUUGCUUCUGCACACACAACUGCCUGACAGGUGACUGUCUACAGCUUCCAGAUGAACUCAUGUAUGAGUUAGAACGCUGUGACAUUUUCCUUCUGUGUUAUCAGGAAAUUUGACCAGGACAAAUUUAUUCAGUGGAUAUAAGUGCACGUCUGAAAGCAGCUAUAGAAGCAACACAUAUUAAAUCACGGCCAACUGUUCAAUGUCCAGGCCUCAUGUGCUGUUUAAUGAUGACUAAUAAUAAAUCAUAUUCUGACUGCA